UGAAUUAAUUUUCUUUUCCUGCGAUCUUUUAUUUCGGUUCUAGUGCUAGCGCCUCAGUAGUAGCGUUUGAUCUGCAGAGAGAAGAAGAGUUCUUCAUCAAUUUUUGUCAGUCUGCAUUAGAUUGCUGUUAUUGCGACGUAAAUUUCAUAAAAUAAUCCAAAUUACGUCCACACAAGAGUGAAUAAACUUUCUGUACGUUGUUCUCGAGACGUAUAUUGUAAGAACAAAAAUGGCGGUAGAAUUUGCGGAGAUAAAAUUGUCUGUACCCUGGGGUCACGUUGCCGCUAGAACUUAUGGUUCUUCCACGGGACAGCCAAUCUUAGUAUUGCACGGAAUUGAAGAUAACGCUGGAGCGUUUACCAGAUUGAUGAAAUAUUUACCAAAAAAAUCAUUUUAUUACGUAUGCGUAGAUUUACCUGGUCAUGGCUGGUCAUCAUCCUUUCCAUCUUGGAUGAUGAUAGACUGGAUGGAUUAUGCACACUCAUUAUAUUUCAUCUUAGACGCACUACAAUGGAAAACAUGUACUGUUCUAGGACACAGUUUAGGAGGGCAAACAGCUUUAAUGUUCAGUAUUUUCCAACCAGACAGAUUUGAGAAGAUAAUUAGUAUUGACGGAUUACUAAUGAUGCCUCGGCUUGUGAAAGACCUAGUAACAUAUUUUCAGACUGCAUCUGCACUCUCAGUAAAAGAUUAUCGUGAAAAAUUUAAUAAAAAACCAUCACUUUUUACUAAAGAAGAGAUAUUACACUCUCUUACGUCUAAAAGGUACACACCUUUGAAUUACGAAGCUGCUAAUGCGAUAUUUGAACGUACAGUUACGGAAGAAAAUGGAAAGUAUAUACAUAAUAGAGAUGUACGAUUAAAAAACCAUCCUUUUUCUUGGAUGUUAAUGGAUGAAUCUAUAAAAUUAAGUGAAAGGCUUCCAAUGAUACCAAUAUACGUUUUUGUCGCAUCUCAUGGUGUUUGUGCUCCAUUUAAAGAAGAAUGUGAAUUAAUAUUGGACAUAAUGAAAGCUAAAACCAUGUUGGAGGUAAUUUAUGUAGACGGAAAUCAUGACGUUCACAAUAAUGAUCCUGAAAAAGUCGCGCCAUUUAUAUGUAAAAUAUUGAAUAGCAGCAACUCCAGCAAACUAUAGAUAAAUGUGUGUGUGUGUGUGUGUAUAAACACACAUUGUAAUAUUUAUCUUUGAUAUAAAAGAUAUGCAUAUAUACUCACGAAAUUCGAAUUUCAGACAGUAGUAUCUGACACGCACAAACAAUCCCAAAAAAUAUUUUUUGUAGAAGUUUAUAUAUAUAUAUAUAUACAUAUAU